AUGCUGAGAAUUUCGGCGGUGGUCUGCCGAAAUUUGGUGCACUGGCGGUGCGCCGCCGUCAUGGCGGUUCUGCCACGCUCCUUUGGAGCUGGCGGCAGCGCCGCCAUCCUCUGUGGUGUUAGAGAUAUAGAGGCAGAGAGAGCAAAAGAAGAUCAGUGCAAUUUAUCAGAAAUCAUGGUGAAGAGAUUGGCCACCUUGGUGGGGUGCAACUACACCAACACCCCAAACCAACUGAAUGGGUGCAUCAACGACGUGGAAGCCGUGCAGGCUGUGCUCAUUGACCGCUUCGGCUUCCAGUCGACGGGCAUUAAGCUCUUGACUGAUGCACCUAAUUCGUCGAUCAAGCCGACGGGAGAGAACAUAAAGAGAGAGCUUCGCAAUAUGAUCAAUGUGGCUAAGCAGGGGGACCUCUUGUUCUUCUACUUCAGUGGGCACGGGACGCUCAUUUCAUCGACUGAUGACGCAAUCGUCCCAUGUGAUUUUAAUCUCAUUACGGACGUUGACUUUCGUGUGCUAGUCAACCGCUUGCCGGAGGGAGCAAUCUUCACUAUCUUUUCCGACUCGUGCCACAGCGGCGGCCUCAUUGACAAGGAGAAAGAGCAGAUCGGACCCCAUAGCUCUGAUCGCGAGCUACGUCCUGAGAACGUGCCCAACGCCCGCCAGAAACUCAUCCCCAUUAGUUCUAUCAUCAAUAGCCUGCGCUCCAUCUCCGGCCGUUCGUCCGACGAACCUGUCAGCGCGCACUUAACAGCGGCCUUCGGGAACGAGGCGAGUGCCAAAUACCUGCCACAGAGCUUCCAAUCCCACGAAUUGAAGCCGUUGGGGCCCGACAAUGGGAUCCUGUUAAGCGGCUGCCAGAAGGACGAGGUGUCGUUGGACAUUCCGAGGUGCGAUGGGUCGAAAGCGUACGGCGCGUUCACCUACGAUGUUCUGCAGGUUUUGAAAGUGCAUCGAGGGCCGAUCAGCAAUAGGGAUUUGGUCAUACGUGUGAGGGAAAAGUUACGUGAGAAAAGGCACAAGCAGCAUCCCUGCCUCUACUGCAGUGACAAAAAUGCAAAAUUGCCUUUACUGUUAGAAACCGCACGCUCGAGCGAAUAGCAGAUGGUCUGCAUGUAAGUUUAUCUACAUUCUCCGAGCGUGCAGCGACUGGUCUGCACUUACGUACGUAUGUAACUGUUGUGUGGAAUAAGGAGAAUCGUAUUUGAAGGUUUGCAUAUUAGUCGUCUACUAAUUUCUCCCAGCUGCAACGGAUGCUCUGCAUGUGUGUAGCUAUUGUGUGGAAUAAGGAGAAAAAGUAUUUGAAGGUUUGCUUAUUAGUCUUCUACUUAGUUUCUUUAACCCUGCAGCGGGAUGUCUGCACUUGUGUACCUGUUGUAUGGAAUAAGGAGAAUAAUAUCUGAAGGUUUGCAUACUAGUCGUCUACCUAGCUUUUAUGAGCAUGCAACUGGUGUUCUGCAUGUGCUUAGCUGGUGUAUA